AUGAAGAGGAUGAAAGAGCCCUUUAAGAGGAAGUCAAAGAAGAAGACUCGAAAGAUUGGAGCCUCUACAUCAACUCAGGAGCUACAUGCGCCUCUAGAUUCCUCUGCUCUAAGUAAGUCAUCUCUCUCUGAAGCUCCUUUUCCUUUUGGGUCUAAGCAAAUAUCUUUUUCCCUGCCUCAACAACCUCCUACAUAUACUCCCUCUGAAUCCACUAUCUCCAUUCCAACUCCCUCUAAACCCCAUAACUCUGAAACAAACACAUCCUCACCCCCUCUACAAAACUUUGACCUCACAACCACAACACUUCCUGUAUCUGAGGCCCUACUUCUAAAUGAAACUAUUUCACCUCCCUCAUCCACUCCCUCAUCUCCCUCAUACCAUGACCUUUCCUCUGACGUUGAUCACCCAGAAAUUCAUGACCCUUCCUCUCCCACCUUGGCACAACUCCAAGACACAACAAACUCUAAACAGACUUCAUCUGUUCCAGAAACUUCUGUACCUACACCAUUUCUCUAUGCACCUCCCUCAGCACCCUCAGCCAUAAAGGAAAUUGAAGAAAAAUUUGCCGAUGAAGCUACUGCUACAGAAGCUAAAGCUAAAGUUAAAGUUGAUGCUGAAGAAGCAACACGUAUAGCUGCAGAGGAAGCUGCAAAGUCUACUGAAGUUGCUCUGACUCGAGGCGAGUCAUCGACAUCUGAUAUUGCUUCGUUAGUGCUCCAUACUCUGGAAGAACUUCAGAAGGAACAACAACUUAUAAGAUCCAGACUCGACAAGCAAGAUUCAGUUAUUUCCAACAUCCAGAACCUUCUUACCCAGCUACUUCAUAGGAUGUCUCCUCCUCCAAACCCUUAG